CCGCGCCCCAUCCCAAGCCCCGCCCCCGACCACGCCCACCCCUCCUCAUUGGUGGCUCUCCUGCCCCGCCCCUUCUCUGAUUGGCUCCCGCCGCUCCCCGGCCCGGGUGGGCGGGGCCCCGGUGUCGCGAUCGGGCCCGGGGGUCGCGACAGGAGCCCCCCCCCCCCCCACCGUGAGUACCGUGCCCGGGGCUCGGCGGGACCGGCAGGGCGGGGAACGGGCCGGGGGCGUCCCGGGAGGCUCCGAAAGGCUCAGGAGGUCAGGAGUCCCCGGAACACCCCCGGGACACCGGAGGGGCGCCCCUAGAAACGCAAGGGAACAAACCCAGGAUCCCAAGGGACCUGUCCCCCGCGGGGACCUGCCUGAAGCCCCCCGAAUCCCCCCAGAACUCGUCCCCCGGAGAGCACAGGGCCAGCCACCGCUGCUGCCAUGUCGGUGGAAAACACGGCUGAGGCCGGGCUGGAGACGAAGAGCGCGGUGACACGCGUGGCCGAGCUGCCCCUGCUGAGCUGUGCCUGCGGGGCCGUGGCCUCGGCCUAUGGGGGCACCAAGGAGAGGCUGCCCUGCCUGCGCCCCGUGUGCCACGCGGCCGAGAGGGGCCUGAAAACGCUGACAGCAGCAGCAGCCAGCGGGGCCCAGCCCCUCCUCACCCGCCUGCAGCCCCAGAUUUCCACCGCCAAUGAACUGGCCUGCAAAGGGCUGGACAGGCUGGAGGAGAAGCUGCCCAUCCUGCAGCAGCCCCCCGAGAGGGUGGUGGCCCGGAGCCGGGAGCUGGCGUGGGGCGCGGUGAGCGCGGCGGUGACCAGGACACGCUGGGCACUCGGGGCCGUGACGGGCACCCGCGUGGGGCGGCUGCUGGCCACGGGCGUGGGCACCGUGCUGGGCAAGUCACAGGAGCUGCUGGAUCGGUACCUCCCCGCGGCACAGGAGGAGCGGGCGGCAACGACGGGCACGGAGGUGACCAUAGGCAUGGAGGUGACCACGGGCAUGGAGGUGACCACGGGCACGGAGGUGAAAACGGGCACGGAGGUGACCACAGGCACGGAGGUGACCACGGGCACGGAGGUGACCACGGGCAUGAAGGUGACCAGGGGCACGGAGGUGACCACAGGCACAGAGGUGACCACAGGCGCAGAGGUGGCCACAGGAACGGAGGUGACCAGGGGCACGGAGGUGACCACGGGCACAGAGGUGACCACGGGCACGGAGGUGACCACGGGCACGGAGGUGACCACGGGCAUGGAGGUGACCACGGGCACGGAGGUGGCCACAGGAACGGAGGUGACCAGGGACACAGAGGUGACCACAGGCACGGAGGUGGCCAUGGGUACGGAGGUGACCAGGGGCACAAAGGUGACCAGGGACACGGAGGUGGCCACGCAGGAGCGGCACAGGCGGUGGCAGAGCUACUUUGUCCGCGUGGGCUCCCUGUCAGCCCGGCUGCCUCACCGUGCCCUGCGGCGCUCGCUGGGGGACCUGCAGCGGGCACGGCUCCGUGCCCGGCGCCUCCUGGCACAGCUCCACCACGUCAUCCAGCUGAUCGAGGAGGGGCAGCAGGGCACGGAUGGGCCCUGGCACAGCACCCGGGAGCACCUGCACCACCUGUGGCUGGAGUGGAGCCAGCAGGAUGCGGUGCCCAUGGAGGACAACGAGGUGGAGGCUCGGACUCUGGCCAUGCUCCACGGGCUCCUGCAGCAGCUCCACUCCGCCUGCUCCCACCUGGCCAGCGGUGCCCGGGCAUUCCCCAGCAGCGUGCAGGAGACGGCAGGACACAUCUGGCACGGCGUGGAGGGCGUCCAGGCUUCCCUGGCCGGCGCCCACUCCUUCCAGGAGCUGUCGGGGCUGGUGCUGGCACAGAGCCGGGACGCGGUGACGCGGGCACAGCUGAGCCUCGAGGGGCUGCUGGAGCACGUGGGGCAGCACACGGCCCUGCCCUGGCUCAUGGGACCCUUCGCCCCCGCGCUGGUGGAGUACCCGGAGGAUGUCCCGGUGGAUAUGUCCAAGUGGCAGGGCUCUGUCAUCGUGGGGGGCACGCACCAGGUGCCCGCUGCCCCCCGGGUCUGCAGCCGCCGCUGAGUCAGUGGUGCCACCCACCCGCAGCUACGAACCCCAAUCCCACCGGGAACGGGGAUGAUGGACGUGGUGACCCGGCGUGGGACCCCAUGUCACGGCCGGGGACUCCCGUGGGGAUGGUGGCGCGUGGAGGACGCUGUGUGAGUCUGUCUGGGAUCCAGGGCUGCCCUAAGCCCCGGGAAUGCUGGAAUUUCGUGUCUUAACAGCUUCAAACCGGUUUAAAGAGGAAGAAAACAA